AUGGGCUUCAGUCGCGCACCAUCCACGUCCAAGUCGUCCCAGGAGAAGCCAGCCAUGAGGGAGAAGGAGGACGGCACCGUCGUCCAGUCUGGGGUUGAUGCUCGUAUCGAUGAGGAGGCGCGCGUGAACGAGAUUGAGGUCGACGGUGUCUUUGGUGCUCAGGGAGACGGCACGGUCAACUACAAGAGCGUCGGCUGGAUCUCGACCAGUAUCCUCUUGAUGAAGACCCAAAUCGGUUUGGGUGUCCUCAACAUUCCCGACGUCUUCCACACGCUUGGACUGGCACCGGGCGUGAUCAUCCUAGUCGUUAUCGCCGUUCUGACGACGUGGACCGAUUACUACAUCGGAAUCUUCAAGCUCAAGCACCCGACCGUCUACUCCGUUUCCGACUGUGGCGCGUUGAUGUUUGGCCGUGUCGGCCGCGAGAUCUUUGGCGUCGGUUACUGGCUCCUCAUGACCUGCAUCGUCGGCUCUGCGCUCCUCGGUCUCUCGACCGCCCUGAACGCCAUCUCCCUCCAUGGCACCUGCACCGCCGUCUUCGUCGUCGUCGCGGCAGUCGCGACCUACCCUCUCGCCUCGCUCCGCACGCUCGGCGGCAUCAAGUGGGUUGGAUGGGUCGGACUCGCCUCGAUGAUCGUCUCCAUCUUGACCGUCACCAUCGCCGUCGGUGCCGGAGGACGCCCGUCGCUCGCGCCUCAGGAAGGCCCGAUGGACCUCAACAUCGUUAUCUGGGGCCACCCGUCGUUCGCGGACGCCAUGAACGCCAUCGGAAACCUCGUCUUUGCCUACGCCGGUACCGCUGCCUUCCUUCCCAUCGCUUGCGAGAUGCGCAACACCCGCGACUACGGAAAAGCCGUCAUCACCUGCCAGACCUUUGUCACCGUCUUCUACAUCGUGAUCGGCGUCGUCGUCUACUGCUACGCCGGACAGUACGUCGCGUCGCCCGCGCUCGGCACCGCCGGCGUCCUCCUCAAGCGCAUCUCGUACGGCCUCGCCCUGCCCGGACUCCUCGCCGCCGCGGUCAUCUACACCCACUUGCCGGCCAAGUGGCUCUUUGUCCGCUUCCUCCGCAACUCGCAUCACCUUACCCACUCGACGCCGACUCACUGGAUCGUCUGGCUCUCCUGCACACUUGGUUGCCUCAUCUUUUCGUACAUCAUCGCCUCGGCCAUCCCCGUCUUCGGCGGCCUCGUCGGCCUCGUCGGCGCCCUCUUCGGCACCAUGUUCUCCCUCCAGGCGGUCUCGGUCAUGUGGUUCUUCGACUACUGGCCGCGCUUCAAGACGGCCGAGAAGCGCACCAAGUGGUUCUGGUUCCUCGUUGCGGUCAACGCCUUCAUCGUGGUCGGCGGCUCCUUCAUCAUGGUCGGCGGCACAUACGGCUCGGUCAUCUCGAUCCGCGACUCGUACGCCGCGAGCGGUGGAACGCCCUGGUCGUGCGCCGACAAUUCGAACAGUUCCUAG